CAGUAAACUUCCACUGAUACCAGUAGUAGACAACCAAGAUGUCGAUCUUCAAAAUGGCGCUCUUUCUCUCUCCUCUCUCCUCUCACAAAUCCAGAUCAACAUCAAUUGGCAAAGCAGGAUAACCACAACAUUCUACAAUCGACCAUGUCCUCCAGAAAGAACGCUCCGGGGAAGAAGGGCAAUGAACCGGUGAAGCACAUCUUCAAGCAAGAUGGUCCCGACUUCAAGUUUCUGCUUCGACUGUUCCACAAUGGAACCAUCACUGAUGAACAACCCGCCGCUGUGAGAGCCAUGCAUGAGCGAUUCCAGAAGUACUCCACAAACCAGUUUCGCUCUCAGUUCAACAAAGCCAGAGGAAUGGCUGCUGGUGUUGCUCUCAGAGGACCACAACCACCACAAGAUGAUGAUGGACCACUACCCAUUCUUCCCAGCUUUGUUCCUCGCAACCAAGUACCUGUCGUGGCAGCCAGGCCUCCUGCAGUUGCGCAGCUUCCUUCCAUUGCUGACAACGAUGAUGAGGAUGAUGUUACCGAAGAGGAUGGCCCCACUACUUGGAAGCCGAAGAGGAUGGUCAAGGAAUGGGAGAAUGAACAUGGCAUUCGCCAUGUGACUAUCAUUGUGUGGCUCAGCAGUGGCGCGACUGAAGCCGACAUCGAAACCAUGGUCUCUGCGAAUGGCAAGAAGCUGACUAUCAGUGAGAAGUGGCACCAAGACCUCUUGGAUACUGGGGAGUUCUAUUAUCUCUAUCAACAACACACAAGGGAGAACCUAGAGGAUACCAAUGUGAGGCGCCAUGCCAUGCAGCAGUAUGUCAGGUCCAUCCUUGAUGUCAGGGGUGAUGUCAUUUCAGAAUUCACUAUGGAGCUGCCCUUUCCAGUUGAUCCCUCUACUUUGAAUGUUACCUUCCCCAGCUUUGAGUCUGGUGCAUUGUUCUGCCAUGUUGACUUGGCUGAGAAAAGGAAGAAAAGGGUAGCUCAAUCCUUUGUCAUGAGGAAGAGGCAUGCCAAGGGCAAGAAGAAAGGUGAUAUUGAAUACAACAACCUGACCCCUCAUCACUAGACAAACUCAACAACAGCCAUGGCUUUGAUGUGUGUUAGGCACACUGUAAACAACUACAACAACCAACCAAUCUAGGAGCAACCUGUUGAGUGCUCAUGUAAUCAACCAAAAGGGUAGCUUGUUGAAUGCCCUUAUAAAAUAGUACUUGCAUGUAGUGUGU